CAACCUCCUUGGUCCACGCCUCUAUGGUCCACGCACUGUGCGUGCGGUGCGUGCUGUGCGUCCAAGCCGUCCAUCCAUCCACGGGCUUCUGGCGUCAUAGUUCCGGUUCUAGCUGUUCUAGGGCUCCUCCUCCUCUAGGGGGUUUUGCAUAUUUUACCAACUGAGUUAUGGGCUGUGAGUGCUGUUAGUUCACUCAUUUUUACGAGUUUGAGGAACUUUAAAGUUUCCCAGUGUUCGUGAGAAUUGUGCGAGUUCAGCCUUUGCCAGUUUACUUGAGCUUUUGGCAAUAUCUAGUGCUUGGUGCUCCAAAAUUGUCCCGAAAUGGCCCAGCCUCCGAGAGCGGACGUGAACUACCUCCGUGGGUUGUUCAGGAACGUGGAUAAGGACGGAACUGGAAACAUCAGCGCGACUGAGCUUCAGAGUGCGCUCUCCAAUGGAACAUGGAAGCCGUUCAACCCAGAAACCAUAAGAAUGAUGAUCGACAUGUUUCGUUCGCCAGGCAUGUUUGACCGGAGCCGUGUCGGGACGGUCGACUUUGACGAGUUUGUCUCUCUGUGGAACUACAUCACCAGCUGGCUGAGCUGCUUCCAGAGCUUUGACCUGGACCGCUCGGGCGCCAUCGAUAAGCGAGAACUUAGCGAGGCCCUCACUAGGUUUGGCUACCGGCUGAGCGAGCCAACGAUGACCAUGCUGCUAGUGAAGUUUGAUAGGGACGGCAAGGGAUCCAUCAACUUCGACGACUUCAUCCAGUGCUGCGUGACACUCCAGACCCUGACAGCUGCAUUCCGCCAUCACGACACGGACCAAGAUGGCUGGAUCAAGAUUUCCUACGAGGAUUUCCUCCGGCUGGUGUUCAGUGUGCGCAUGUGAUGGCCUUCGGGGAGUGUUGUUGGUUCCUUCUUUCCCCUUCACUCCGUUUCACGGCGCUACAGUUUGUUUUGUCCAGUGCUUGUAUGGUCCCGGACAGGCACGUCUCCGUGCUGUCACGGAAAUGUGCCGAGGGGGCUGUUGCCUUUAUUCCGUACCAAUAUUGCAUCAGGUGCCCACAAAUGUCAACAGAGUUAAUAAAGGGAAUGCUUCUCGAUGCCUAA